AUGAAGCUCCGCGUGCGGCUGCAGAAGCGAACGGCGCCGCUGGAGGUGCAAGGGGCGGAGCCAACGCUGGGGGAGCUGCGCGCGCAGCUGCGCUGGGCCUUGCUGCCCGCCUGGGGGUACAGUUCUGAUACUGAAUUUUCAAUAACAUUGAAUAGAAAAGAUGCUCUUACAGAAGAUGAGAAGACCUUGGCUUCAUAUGGGAUUGUUUCUGGUGAUUUGAUAUGUUUGUUACUAGAAGCAGAUGGACAACCCAACCUACCUCCUCUUCCUUCUACUCCUUCUCCACUUCAGAAUGGUCGUGAGCCAUCCACCUUGAUCCCCAACAAAAGUCAGGCCAAGAGUCCAAAAGAAAGGGGGCAGAAUGAGCAACCUGACAACCAGAAAGUUCAGGUGGAAGUUCAAAAGAGUGAUGAGAGAGCAGGAUCCAGCCUAGAAUUUCCUUCUGGAUUAGUCCCAGAAGACGUUGACUUGGAAGAAGGUACAGGUUCCUAUCCCUCUGAACCCAUGCUGUGCAGUGAAGCUGCUGAUGGUGAAAUACCACAUUCGUUAGAGAUGCUCUACCUUUCUGCUGAGUGUACCAGUGCCACUGAUGCUUUGAUUGUUCUAGUACACCUUCUCAUGAUGGAGGCAGGCUAUGUGCCUCAGGGAACAGAAGCCAAGGCAGUGUCUAUGCCAGAGAAAUGGAGAGGGAAUGGUGUUUACAAGUUGCAGUACACACAUCCCCUUUGUGAAGGAGGUUCUGCUGGUUUGACUUGUGUGCCUUUAGGAGAUCUUGUUGCUAUUAAUGCAACGCUAAAAAUGUACAAAGAGAUUAAAGGUGUUAAGAGGAUACAACUAUUGCCAGCAUCCUUCGUUUGCUUUCAGGAGCCAGAAAAGGUUGCAGGUGUUUACAAAGACCUUCAGAAAUUAUCCCGUCUUUUCAAAGACCAACUGGUUUACUCUCUUCUGGCUGCUGCCCGACAAGCUCUGAACUUGCCAGAUGUGUUUGGGUUAGUGGUCCUUCCUCUUGAGCUCAAGCUUCGUAUUUUCAGACUUCUGGAUGCCCGUUCUCUCCUCUCUCUAUCUGCCGUUUGCCGUGAUCUUUACGCGGCUUCAAACGACCAGCUUCUGUGGAGGUUCGUCUAUCUGCGAGAUUUCCGAGAUCCUGUUACAAGGCCUCGUGACACAGACUGGAAAGAACUAUACAAGAAAAAGUUAAAGCAGAAGAAGGAGGCGCUGAGAUGGAGGCACGCAAUGUUUCUGCCCCCUACACCUCAUCCAGUCCCCUUUCAUCCCAACCCAUUCUAUCCUAAUCCUUUUCCUCCUAACCCAUUUCCAUCAAACCCUAUCUAUCCCCCAAUGGUCAUUGGUGGAGAAUAUGAUGAGAGACCAACACUUCCAUAUGUUGGAGACCCAAUUAACUCACUCAUUCCAGGCCCAGGAGAAACACCAAACCAGUUUCCUCCAUUCAGACCACAUUUUGACCCAAUUGGCUCCUUGCCUGGAGCAAACCCUACACUUCCAGGACGAGCUGGUCCCAGUGAGAGGUUUCCACCUAGGCCUAGCCGGGGCCGCCCCAUGGACAUUCGCCGUGCGUUCAUUUGAUUACUGAUUUUCCUUCAGUUAGUUUUCUAGUUCCUGAUCUUGCUUUCUAACUGCAGGAGAUUGCAAAUCCCAGGCACUAACGUCUGCCUCUGCAGAUUGGGGUGAGAACACAUGGGCAUGGUAAUGUUUCCAUGACAAAGGCUGGGUUUGUUUUAUGCUUUGAUAGUACUGUACCAACUGGCAAUGGCACAGAGCUGCAACUUAGAACAGUUUGUUCUGCAUACACAUCUCCCCAUCCCAAUAAGAUCAUCUCUGAAGUGCUAGAGACCAGAAGGGUACCAGCCAAAUAUUUGCUGCAUCAGAUAAAGAGCACUUUAAAUACUAACCAUAGAUUUGUCUGUGUUAUUUGAAGAGUUUCAUUAAAUUGCCAGAAAAAAAGUUGUUUCAAAUCUACCUGGCUUAAUAUCUUUAUUACCAAAAAAAUCUACUGUGUUCCACUUAGAACAGGAUGUUACCACUGUUAGAGUAGAUGAGUGUAGAAACUUUGAAAAAUGACAUUUCCUUCUUCCUUUAAUGUUUUAUUAGGUAAAAAGAAGUUUUACAUUGUUACUUAAUACACAAAGAAUACAGGGAAGGGAUUUUCUUUACAGUGGAAAUACUGGAACACAAAUCAUUUUACAACAACUGGGUAAAGACAUGCUACAGUGCAACUCGGAAGUCUGAAGCAGAGCAAUUUUUACAAAGAACUAGCAGCAAAACUUUGUUUUUUCUUGUUGACUUUUCAAAUAAAGUUUAAGUACAUGGCUGCGUUUGCUGCAUAUGAACUAAAAAUGGUGCAGAAGUAAAUCUUUUCUCCUGCCUGACGUAAUUACAUAGGCUCACCUGGUUGCAGUGGAAAUGGAAAAGUAGAAUGAUUUCUCACUUUACUGCAUUAUUAAUUCCAUUACUUAGGUAUUGAAAUAUACCUUGCCCAGAGGAAGUGUGUUGUAGCAUGUUACGAGCACCUUUCAAGUGUUCUCUUAUGAACAAAUGAGCAACUAACAAGACCACUGUUAAGAGUCUGAGAUGUGCAGGUUGAUGCUGGAGCUCAAUUAAAGGAAGACUAGAAUGAUGAAACUGCUAGAACUUUUCAGUUCUUACAUAUUUUGGUAAGAUGGGUUGAUUUCAGUGUUUCUGUAGAAGUAAAUGGUACUGAUGAUUGUUGUAGUGGCUGAUAAUGUUUCCUAAAAUCCUGAAAUUCCAACAGUGGAAACGGAGUGACAUUUCCUGUGAAAUACAAGCUCUAUCAGUAAUACUUACAUGCUUUUUCAGGUGAUAUUUUCAGUGAUUUAUCUUGUUUUGUACAAAAUCAGCUGACUCAAGUGUGGUCAGGAAGUUCUGCUAUUAA